AUGUCAACUACUAAUGAUAAUUCAUGGGAUAAAAUUUUAGUAGGAUCACCUUCAUAUAAUAUAUAUAAAGAAUUUGAUAGUGAAGUUAAGGAAGAGAUAUAUAAUAAAUAUUGUAUUGAAUUCAAUAAUCAACAAGAUGAAAUAAGUAGACAGGGAUGUAGCCUUUGUAAAAAAAUUGCAAGAAAUGUAGAUAAAUUAUCUAAUUACCUCAAAAACAUUGAGUAUACUCCUCAAUGUUCACACUAUAAAUAUUGGGCAUAUCAUAAUAUAAAAAAAAUUUUAGGAGAUAAUAUAGAAAAUGAGAAAGCCAAACCUUUAAUUAAUAAACUAUUACAAGCUCAAAAUAGUAUGAAUAAAGAUUAUUACUUAUAUUACUGUCAAUAUAGCUUUGGUGAUAAUAUUUCACAACGAUUAAACGAUAAGAUAAAUGAAAAACAUUUGCAUGAUUAUUUCAAAAAUUAUGAUAGUAUUAAAAAAUCUGAUACUUGUAAAAAUGUUAAACCCGAGGAAUAUGAAAAAUAUCUUAAUUAUAUUAAUAAUUUAUAUAAUAAAUAUAGGUCAGAGAAGGAAUGUUGUGAUGGAUCAUGGCAGUAUGAGUGUUUCGAUUAUUUUAACUGUUCUGAUGAGUUUGAUCCUAGUAAACUCUUAUCUUCAUUAACAUCUAAGGGAAAUAAAGACUGUGAUAACUUAAAAAUAUUUGAAAAACCAUUAACAUUCUUUAAUUCAGAUAAUUCUGAGAGUUCCCAAAUAGAUAUUAAAAAUUCAAUAUAUCAUGUUAAGUGUACAGAUAUUCCAACUGAUAGACUUGAUAAUAACAAACUCAUAGGAGGAACAAUUAGAUGUCAUGUUCUUCCAUCAUUUCCAGCAUCUCUUAAUAAUCGUUCUUCAUCAUUUACUCAUCGUCCUCCUGAACAUGCUCCUUUUACGAUAGAUGGACAUAUUGUAACUCCUGUAACUACAGAAUUACAGCGUGAUAACCAAGUAUCAAGCGGAAGCUCAAAACAACAAAAUUAUUCAUCCAAUUUACAUGCAUCAGGUGUAAUUAAAGAUAAGAGUGCUGAAAAAGAUACUCCGUGUGAAAAUCCACAAUUAGCAAGAGAUGAAUCAGGAGCCUGUAUAGAACCAGAUGUACGUAAAACUAAUACUAUUGGAGUAAAAUUGAACGUGUUCGCACCAGGAAAAACAAUUAUAAUCAGACUAAAUCCUAAUUCUUAUAUGUACAAAAACAAUUUUUUUCGCGUUGGAAUCGCAUUUACUCUCAUAGCGGGAAUAAUUUUCACUAUUUUACUUUUUUAUAAAUUUACUCCCUUCGGAAGAUGUUUUCAUAAAAAAGUACCAAGGAAAAAAAGAAUUGACGAUUAUUAUGAUGAUCCGUAUAUGCGUCAGUUUAUUAUCCGUGCUCCAAAAUCUGGCAAAAGAAGAACAGGUAAUAGGGGUUUACAAUUCUCUUAUUACUCUAGGUGA